GACUCCUGAACACGCAGCAUGAUUUUCUCAAAGUUCUUCCUCGCGCUUUGCGCGACUGCAAUGGUGCAGGCAACUCCCGCAGCCCUAGAGUGCAAGGCCUUUCCAGGCACCACAUCAUGGCCCUCGAGCAACGAUUGGUCUCGCCUGAACAAGGCAGUCGAUGGGCGGCUCUUCAGACCCCUUCUGCCAGGCGGGGUCUGUCACCCGGAGCAGCCGAACUAUAGUGCAGACCAGUGCGCCAAUCUCUUCACGGCUUGGAGAACCUUUGAGUUCCAUGCUGAGGACCCCGUCUCGGUGAUGUGGGACAACUGGACCAACUACACCUGUGUCCCUCUCGAUGGCUUCCCUUGCAGCGGAGCAGGCUAUCCGUCAUAUGUGGUCAACGCAACCACGGCGAAGCAUGUCAAGACAGCUGUAGAUUUUGCGCGAAAGAAUCAAGUCCGUCUUGUUGUCAAGAGCAGUGGACAUGACUACCUCGGGCGCUCAAUCGCGCCCGGCUCCCUUUCCAUCUGGACGCACCAUCUCAAUGAGAUCCAGUAUCACGAGGGGCAAUUCAAACUAGUUGGGUCGGGAAAGGUUAUACCUGGCGAUGCCAUCACCGCCGCAGCUGGAGCGAAGAUGGUUGAUGUGUACGCUGCAGCGAGCCAACACAAUCGCGCUGUUGUAGGCGGCGGAGGUAAGACCGUUUCACAGGGUGGCUUUGUGACAGGUGGUGGUCAUUCCAUCUUAGCACCCCAUUACGGUCUUGCGGCAGACAACGUUCUGCAAAUGGAGGUCGUUACCCCCGGCGGCGAUCUUAUCACGGUCAACGAAGAUCAAAACGCCGACUUGUUCUGGGCCAUGCGAGGCGGAGGAGGUUCGACAUAUGGGGUUCUCACCUCUGUCACAGUCAAGACGCAUCCUGAAAAGAAGCUCACUAUGGUUUUAUUCAUGGCCUUCACUGUUCCUGAGGCUCCUUUCACUCUGGACCUCGCCACUUGGGCCGCUUCUCAGCUGCCUUACCUCUCGGACUCUGGACUAUCAGGUUAUCUCAUGGCUACCGUGAACUCAACGCCGCCGAUUCCACUGCCUGGUCUCCCAGAGCGAGUUGCCGGUCUGAUGGGCAAAACAAUCAUUCUGGAUACCCAAGAUACGGCCAAGAUUAACGAGAUCUUUCAGCCACUCAACAAAACCAUCCAGGAACGGUGGCCUGGACAGGUCAACUUGCUGACUAUUACUCAACCGUACGACUCAUUCGCGGCCUGGUAUGCCGAGAACUUUGACGACGGUCAGGCCGGGGGCUCUGUCUAUCUCAUCUCACGAUUCCUAGACAAGAAGACCCUGACAACUGACCUGGACGCACUGAAGAGUGCACUGGAGCCUAUUCUUCUCAACGAUGGCUGGCUUGGAACCUACCUGGUUGCUGGAAAGGGUGUCAAUGAAGCGAAGCCCCGCGGCGGGGGAAAUUCUGUCCAUCCGGCCUGGCGGAAGGCAUAUGUUCAUGCGCCAGUCACCUGGCAGGGCUGGGGAUACGAACCAUGGGAUCCCGUAGCAGGAGAGAAAGCUAGGGAGAUUCUGGACGCUAGGUUCGAGCCUCUUCGCCAACUGACGCCCGAUGGGGGAUCGUACAUGAAUGAAGGAUUCCCGUUUGAGAAGAACUGGCAGCAGGCAUUUUGGGGCUCAAACUACCCGAGAUUGUCCAAGAUCAAGCGCAGUGUUGAUCCGAAGAACGUUUUGUGGUGCAAAACUUGUGUGGGAAAUGAAGGCUGGGAGGAAAAAAGCGACGGCCGCCUCUGCAGGGUUCAGUAA